GCUGCUGUGGGAGUCUCCUUUAACGAAUCCCGUCGCGUCACUGGGAUGCGGUCGCCGGAGCCGGGCACAUAGCCGAACAUCCCAGCUCUUAUGCUCACUGCCGAGAGGGACCACUCAACAUUUCCUCCACCCACCAAAGAUGACAGCUCCACCAAACCUGAGCCAUGCAGCGCCACAGCAACAGCGCUUUUUGGUGUUGUUCGACUUUGAUGAGACCAUCAUCAAUGAGAGCAGCGAUGAUGCUGUGGUGCGAGCUCUACCGGGCCAACACCUCCCCGACUGGCUGAGAAACAGCUACAGAGAGGGGCACUACAACGAGCACAUGCAGAAGGUCCUGGUCUACAUGACGGAGCAGGGUGUGUCCGAGGACUCCAUCCGUUCAGCAGUGGAGAAGAUCCAGCCCUCCCCCGGCCUCCUGAGCCUCUUCCAGUACCUGCACAGCCACCAGCAGGACUUUGAGCUGGCAGUGGUCUCCGACGCCAACAUGUACAUCAUCGAGACGUGGCUGGAGCGUGCCGGCGUGCGUCACCUUUUCCGGAAGAUUUUCACAAACCCGGCAAGUUUCGAUGACACCGGCUGCCUCGUGCUGCUCCCGUUCCACUCCCACUCGUGCUCCUGUUGCCCUGAAAACAUGUGCAAGCAGGUGAUCCUUCGAGAGUAUCUGGCAGGCCGGCAAAAGGAGCGUGGAGGCGCCCCCUUCCAGAAAGUGUUCUAUAUCGGAGAUGGGGCCAAUGAUAUAUGUCCCUCUUUGGCUCUGGGGCCCCGGGACACUGCUUUCCCCAGGAGGGACUUCCCCAUGCACAAGCUGCUUCUGGAGAGGCAGCAGGCCCAGGCGGCCAAGUUCAAGGCAAACGUCGUUCCCUGGGUCAGUGGAGAGGACAUAGUGGACUGCCUGAAGAAAAUAAUGGAGGAGAGAUGAGGUGUGUGAGUGUGUGUUGGUUUAAGUACGUUAGGGGGGCACAAACAGCAAAGGUGCACAAACCCCAGUCCUGGUGAGAAGCAGGAUAUGCAUGAUUUUAACCCAGCCACACUUGCUACAACCUGUAAAGAGUAUAAAGAAUAGUUGAUUAGAAAUAUAUAUUUCAGAAUUUCCCUUUCUCAUGGAGAGUUAGAUUUUAUAAAUCCACCACUAGGAUAUCUGUACAGUUACUAUGUAUACGGUGAAAGGAGCCGGUAUAAAGCUUAGUAUUAAGAAUGGAAAACAGGGGGAUACUUCAUCAGGCUACAUCCAAAGGUGAUCAAAUCUUAUACAAAUCAAAUCAAGUUUUAUUUAUAUAGCACAUUUUUAAACGAUUUUUGGUCGAGCCAAAGUGCUGUACAUAUAAUAAAAAUACCCUACAGUAAAGACACUUCACAGCAAAUACAACAGCACAGUUUGUGCAGAAUAUCAGUAUGAGAAAACGACACCCUCUGUCCUUAGACCCUCACAUCGUACAAGGAAAAACUUCCGGAGAAAAAAUACUAAUAAUAGACUUUUAGAGGUACAGAAAGUACCAAAAAUGUUGAACUAUUCCUUUAAUGCUUGCAUGGUCUCAAAGCCUUCUGUUAUCUAAUUCAAAAGAACUGGCUUGAUCAAUAUAGAGAUAAAUAGUAUUGAUGAUGCAUAUAAGUUCUGGUUUUCGACCGCUUACAAUCUUUAAAAAAAAGUCGUGUCUAGUGUACUCUGGAGAGAGUUAAGUCCAAUACAGUCAGCUCAUUUAAAACCUCAAAACAUCCUUAAAUAUGAAUGUAUAACUUAGGGUACAUUUGCCAGUAUCACUGACUUGUUUGAACUAAUCCUGGAGAUUUCAGUGACAACUAACAACAUCUAUUCCACUCUCGGAGGUCUCUUGUGUUGACAGGCUUAUAUUUUAAACACGUCACACUGCAUUCAAGGACCUUGAUGAUUGAAGAAUAAGUAGGUGUUGCAGCGCUACCUGAGACAAAAGACCACACAUGUCGUGUCAGGCAGCUACAAGGACAGCAUACAGCUAGGAUAAGGUGACAGAGACUCAUGUUCAGUACCUUUGCUCUCCGUCACUCAGUACUGAUACCUAAUCUAGGGCUUGAUUAUAUAAUGAUAUUCUACACCAGCAUGAUAUCCAAAGGGAACGCUGUAGCCAUACGCCUGCACUUUGCCCAACAUAAAACCCUGUGACUCUGAAACAAUGUAAGAAAGCUAGAUGCAAAGAACCAAUUGACGACUUUGAAUUGUAUUUGUGUAAUUAUUAGCUAGCACUCACUGUACGUGUACCAUAUACAAAACUACUAGUAAAUGUUAGUAUUAUUAAAAGCUAUUUGUUUAGUUUGAGUAGGAUUCAUAGUCUCUAAAAGCCUUCUUUAGGUUUGAAUGAAUUCCCAGUCAACUAUAGUGUUUUGAGUGAGUGAUUAUGUACUUAUUUAGUAUGUUUGCAAGCUAACCUCAUGCUGCCUCACUAAAUCCAUAACAGGAGCUGGACAAUAUAUUUUCAAGAAGCACAUACAUUUAGGCGGUUAACAAGAGGCAUUCAUAUUUUGUUAAUAUGAAGGAAAUAGUGAAAUAUUUUGUCUUUCCCAAUUAGUUUUUCCAUCCACAGGGCAUGUAUCCCGUGUGUUUGUUGAUUUUUGCCGCCUGUUUAUGGUUUUCAUGUUAGUAUACAGUACACACAAGUUAACAAUCACUCACAUUAGGUCAUGUUUGGUAACUUAAGGCCAGACGUAGUAUGAAUAAUUCCGCCUAUGUUUGCAUUUUUCAACCAUAUCCAUACACUGAACAAACCAUUGCAGUUCACAAAAAGAAAGGUUGGGUGCUGAUGAAAAGCAGUCAAAGAUAUAAGUAUAUAUAUUAUAAGCCUAAUAGUAGAUGAACAUUUUCUAGCCAUAAAAAGCAACUUUAUGCUGUAAAAGUGCUGGAAAUGUUCCUUUUCAGUAUUUUAGUUUCUCAGGGAGUAAAGAAGAAAGUAUUAACAAGCAAACAUAAUAAGAAAUGUUUGGAGAAAUAUAUGUAUUUGCUGCUCUGAGAACAACAUUUUAAUGUAUGAUAGAAACCGAUGUUUAUGAGAAGUAAUCAAUGCAUUCACAGUGUGAUCCUUAAACUCUGUGAGAUCAAACAUAAUCAUUAAUGCUUUGUGAUUGGGACACUAGAGUUCUGUGAGAUUUACUCCUUUUGCGAUAAAAGUACUGUAACAGAUGGUAUUGUAUUUAACUGCCUGUGUAGCUGUAACACUUCCAUGUGCAAUAAUAAAAUGCUGUACUUGAUACGGAAUAAAUAACUUUUAGGUUAAUCAUGAAGAACUUGACAUUUCAGGGAUGUGAAUUGACACCAGAUCACCAAACUAGAGUUUUUUAAUUCAACUUUAAAAUGGCAUUAUAGCUUCACAAUAACCAAAUAAAAGUAUGUGUUGUUAGUACUCAGCUAAGCUAAAACUUUGUUCCUUCAUUUUUGAUUUGCUGUACCUCGUGUGUGUUUCUAAUCAAAAAUCAAUGUAUGUGUGUAAUGCAUCAGUGUAACAGGAAUAUAAAGCCAUUA